ACUCCUACAAAAACCCCUUCCCGUGAAUGUCACCGAAUCCCAACUAUCUUCAAAGCUUCUACAGAGCAACCAUGGCGUGUAGGGUUUCGAUUUGCUUCUUCUUUCUCUUCGCGCUCUCUCUCCUCGCGUCUCAGAUCUCUGCCGAGGACUCCGAUGCCAAAGAGUUCGUUCUCACAUUGGAUCACUCCAACUUCCACGACACUGUCAGCAAGCACGAUUUCAUCGUUGUCGAGUUCUACGCACCGUGGUGUGGCCACUGUAAGAAGCUUGCUCCCGAGUAUGAAAAGGCUGCUUCAAUUUUGAGUAGUCACGAUCCACCCGUUGUUUUGGCUAAAAUUGAUGCCAAUGAAGAGAAGAACAAAGAGGUUGCAUCUGAAUAUGAUGUCAGGGGAUACCCUACAAUUAAGAUUUUCAGAAAUGGGGGAAAGAAUGUUCAAGAAUACAAAGGUCCUCGCGAAGCAGAAGGCAUCAUUGACUAUUUGAAGAAACAAAGUGGUCCUGCUUCAACUGAAAUUAAAUCUGCUGAUGAAGCUACUGCAUUUAUUGGUGAAAAUAAAGUUGCUAUUGUUGGAGUUUUCCCAAAAUUUUCCGGGGAGGAGUUUGAUAACUUCUCUGCCUUAGCCGAGAAGUUGCGUUCUGAUUAUGACUUUGGUCACACUCUGAAUGCCAAGCACCUUCCAAAAGGAGAAUCAUCAGUUGAGGGUCCCGUUGUUAGGUUGUUCAAGCCAUUCGAUGAACUUUUUGUUGACUUCAAGGAUUUCCAUGGGGAAGCUCUAGAGAAAUUUGUUGAAGAAUCUAGUAUCCCUGUUGUUACUGUCUUUAACAAUGAUCCGAGCAAUCACCCUUUUGUUGUCAAAUUCUUCAACAGUCCCAAUGCAAAGGCAAUGUUGUUCAUCAACUUCACUGCUGAAAGUGCUGAAUCUUUCAAAUCAAAAUACCGUGAAGCUGCUGAGCAAUUUAAACAACAGGGUGUAAGCUUUCUUGUGGGAGAUGUUGAGUCUAGUCAAGGUGCUUUUCAGUAUUUUGGACUGAAGGAAGACCAAGUACCUCUAAUUAUCAUACAACAUAAUGACGGGAAGAAAUUUUUUAAACCCAAUUUGGAAGCUGAUCACAUUUCAACUUGGUUGAAGGCAUACAAGGACGGGAGCAUUGCACCAUUCGUGAAGUCUGAACCUAUUCCUGAAACCAACAACGAACCUGUUAAAGUGGUGGUUGGCGACAGUCUUCAGGACAUUGUUUUCAACUCUGGGAAGAAUGUUCUGCUGGAGUUUUAUGCUCCCUGGUGUGGUCAUUGCAAACAGUUGGCUCCAAUAUUGGACGAAGUUGCUGUCUCAUAUCAAAAUGAUGCUGAUGUUAUUAUUGCAAAACUGGAUGCAACUGCCAACGAUAUCCCAAGUGACACCUUUGAUGUCCAAGGUUAUCCAACUGUGUACUUCAGGUCAGCAAGUGGAAAGAUAUCACAAUACGAUGGCAACAGGACCAAGGAUGACAUCAUAGAAUUCAUCGAAAAGAACCGGGAUAAACAUGCUCAGGCUCAGCAAGAGCAAGUAAAAGAUGAGCAAAAAACCACCGGAAAAGAUGAGCUUUGAAAG